GCACUAGACGCAUAAAUAAGACGUAGACAAGCCGGGAGCCAGCCUCUGGGGAUGACGGGAUUGUGGCGGUACUCUCUUCCAACUCAAGCCACCGCUGCCUCCCGACGCUCUCAAGAUGGCGACAUCUCUAGGUUCUAACACCUACAACAGGCAGAACUGGGAGGAUGCGGACUUCCCAAUUCUGUGCCAGACGUGUCUUGGAGAAAACCCAUAUAUCCGAAUGACCAAAGAAAAGUAUGGGAAGGAAUGCAAAAUCUGUGCCAGGCCAUUCACAGUGUUUCGCUGGUGCCCUGGGGUCCGCAUGCGUUUCAAGAAGACUGAAGUAUGCCAGACCUGCAGCAAAUUAAAGAAUGUCUGUCAGACCUGCCUAUUGGACCUAGAAUAUGGCCUGCCCAUCCAGGUUCGUGAUGCAGGAUUGUCUUUUAAAGAUGACAUGCCAAAGUCAGACGUCAACAAAGAGUACUACACACAGAAUAUGGAAAGAGAGAUUUCUAACUCUGAUGGAACACGGCCAGUUGGCAUGCUGGGGAAAGCUACAUCCACUAGUGACAUGCUGCUCAAACUGGCCCGGACUACACCUUACUACAAAAGGAAUCGACCCCACAUUUGCUCCUUCUGGGUGAAAGGAGAGUGCAAAAGAGGAGAAGAGUGUCCCUACAGACAUGAGAAGCCUACAGAUCCAGAUGACCCCCUUGCUGAUCAGAAUAUUAAAGACCGAUAUUACGGAAUCAAUGAUCCUGUGGCAGAUAAGCUUCUAAAGCGGGCUUCAACAAUGCCACGUCUGGACCCGCCAGAGGACAAGACUAUCACCACACUAUAUGUUGGUGGUCUGGGUGAUACCAUUACUGAGACAGACUUAAGAAAUCACUUCUACCAGUUUGGAGAGAUCCGGACGAUCACUGUUGUGCAGAGACAACAGUGUGCUUUCAUUCAGUUUGCCACAAGGCAAGCUGCAGAAGUGGCUGCAGAGAAGUCCUUUAAUAAGUUGAUUGUCAAUGGCCGAAGACUGAAUGUGAAAUGGGGACGAUCCCAAGCAGCCAGAGGAAAAGAAAAAGAGAAGGACGGAACCACAGACUCUGGAAUCAAGCUCGAGCCCGUUCCAGGACUGCCAGGAGCUCUUCCUCCUCCUCCUGCAGCAGAAGAGGAAGCCUCUGCCAAUUAUUUCAACCUGCCCCCAAGUGGUCCUCCAGCCGUAGUCAACAUUGCCCUGCCUCCACCCCCUGGCAUUGCUCCACCCCCACCCCCAGGUUUUGGGCCACAUAUGUUCCACCCAAUGGGACCACCCCCUCCUUUCAUGAGGGCUCCAGGACCAAUCCACUAUCCUUCUCAGGACCCUCAGAGGAUGGGAGCCCAUGCUGGGAAACACAGCAGUCCCUAGCACAUUGUCACCACUCUUGGGCUAUGGAAGAAAGGGCGCUUAAAAAUCCCAGUAAAUGAAUCUUGGAAUAAAUAUAUUUUUUCUUCCUUUGUAGUUUCCAUGGUAGCUGAAUGUGUUCAGAUAUUGGCAGUCAGAGAACUACAGCCAUACUUUCCUACAUGUAUUCAAAGGACUUAUGGACCUCAAAUAAACUGCCAGUAACACAUCUGGUUACUACUAUAACAUUACUAAUAAAACCGAAUGGCUGUUCCUCUUAUCUGUGUGAGGGACAAGCCACUGGUGAACUGAAAUGUCCAAGAGUUACCAUCCCAACUAUAUGUUCAUUUUGUAUCUUUUUUUGGGGGGAGGGGGGUAAGGGUUGGGGACUUGACCUGCAGUGGGGAAAAAAAAAAAACGCCGACUUUUGACCAUUUUUAUGUCCAUUGGAUAUUUUCCUUUUUAUCAUCUAAAAAAAAGAGAUGACUAGUACUAAUCAUUGUAGUGGCAUGAGUGUGAGAAGUCGCACCCUCGGAAAGAUAAAUAGAAACCAGCACCCAGCACAGCCAGAUCUUCUCUUGUCCUCACUUCUUACUGAAGGAAAUCUGGCUGAUAGUUUACUUCUCUGUGCCACCAAAAAAAAGACAAAAUUACUUUUUAUUCCUCUCAAUCAUAUGGAAAUGCAAAUUUCAUGGAGCUGUGUAUCAUCGAACAAGCCUAGUGUCUGGGAUUGAAAUUCUGUUCAAGAACUUCCUAUAAAACACCUUAACUGUGAAACGAAAAGCCUUGGAGUGUGUUUGAAGGGAAGACUUGACUGAUAGCUGGGACUCUGAUCCGCAGCGCUCACCUUCGUGCAUCUUCAGCAUCUCCUUUCCAUUCCCUGCUGUUGGGCCAGGGACGAUCUGUUUGGUUGUAGAAUGUUUGAAUAUAACUGAAUUGUAGAUGGUAAAGGAAAUGUGAUGUUGUGUUCUGUUUUGUUUUGUUUUUAAAUGAUUAAAACGGGUCAAUUUU